CCGAACACAGAGACUAUUUUCCGGCUUCUUUCCCCCCGCCGCCAUCGUCCUUAUGUCGUGUUCCGAGACAAGCCAGCGUCCUCCGUGACGAUGACGCCGCGUCGCGUCCUCUUCCCCCUCCUUCGUGUCCGCAUCUCCUCGGCUCUCCUCCGGCAUCUUCGUCCCGGGCCUGGCCGCCCACUGAUGCUGUGAUCCGGGGCAAGAGAGGCAGCAUGGUGCGCAUCGCCAGCGCGCUAGGGCUCAUCAUGUUCAGCGUGGCGCUGCUCAUCCUGUCCUUCAUCAGCUACGUGUCCAUUAAGAAGGACUUCCUUCUCGGAACCCCCCGAUACGGACCGAACGGGGGACCCAGGAUGUACAUGUUCCACGCCGGGUAUCGUGAAAGGCCGCCUCGCAAACCUGACCUGAGCUCCCAGCUGGCACUCAAGCAUCUGGAUCCAGCUUUCACUCUUAGCGAGGACCUGCAGAACUCCUCUAAAUGGAGGUAUAACAGCACAGCUUUCAUCCAACAGAGGAAGGAGAUCUCUCAGUACAUUGACAUUCCUCACAACUUCUCCCUGACACACAACUCAGUCCGCGUCGGCCAGCUGAUGCACUACGACUACUCCAGCCACAAGUACGUCUACGCCAUCGGCGAGAACUUCCGCUCUCUCCUCCCGGAGGUUUCGCCCGUUCUCAACAAGCGCUACAACGUCUGCGCGAUCGUGGGCAACAGCGGCAUCCUCACCGGCUCGCGGUGCGGCGCCCAGAUUGAGAAGUUCGACUUUGUCUUCCGCUGCAACUUUGCCCCCACAGAGCUAUUUAAGAGGGAUGUCGGACGGCGCACCAACAUGACAACUUUUAACCCCAGUAUCUUAGAAAAAUACUACAACAACUUAUUGACGGUGCAGGACAGGAAUAACUUCUUCCUGAGCUUGAAGAAGCUGGACGGUGCCAUUCUGUGGAUCCCGGCGUUCUUCUUCCACACAUCAGCCACCGUGACCAGGACACUGGUGGACUUCUUCGUGGAACAUCGGGGUCAGCUGAAGGUCCAGCUGGCCUGGCCUGGAAACAUCAUGCAGCACAUAAACAACUACUGGAAAACCAAACAACUGUCGCCAAAGCGCCUGAGCACCGGGAUCCUGAUGUACACGCUGGCGUCUUCGGUCUGCGACCAGAUCCACCUGUACGGCUUCUGGCCCUUCGGAUGGGACCCCAACACGGGGAGGGAGCUGCCGUACCACUACUACGACAAGAAGGGCACCAAGUUCACCACCAAAUGGCAGGAGGCGCAUCAGCUCCCCGCCGAGUUCAAACUCCUCUAUAAGAUGCACACCGAGGGACUGCUGAAGCUCAGCCUCUCCCACUGCGCUUAGACGUGAGACCGCGGGAGCGGCUGGACUAUUUCGCUUGCGAUCUUCCAUGGGGGUAGGGUCACUAAUACGUGUGCUUUUCACAACAGUGUGAUCUUGGCGGUACAGUUUACUGUUUUAGCACAAGAUUGCUGUUUCGGAAAGCUAUCAAGCUGUGUCAGUCAGUCCAGGCACACAAGGACCGCAGCUCUUCAGCAAACCAGGUAUGUUGCCUGAUGGUGUCUUAAUGUUGACACGACAACCUAACCUAAAAACUAGAGUGCAUGGUCUUUUUGUUCAAAUGUUGGACCUAAAGGGCCAUUCAACCCAAUAUUGCUUGUUGUAACUCGCUCAAAAUGAACUUACCGUAUUUUUCGGACCAUAGAGGCGCAUUAAAGGCCUACUGAAAUUAUUAUUUUUUAUUUAAACGGGGAUAGCAGAUCCAUUCUAUGUGUCAUACUUGAUAAUUUCGCGAUAUUGCCAUAUUUUUGCUGAAAGGAUUUAGUAUAGAACAACGACGAUAGAGAUCGCAACUUUUGGUCGCUGAUAAAAAAAAAGGCUUGCCUGUACCGGAAGUAGCGUGACGUCACCGGAGGAAGGACUCCUCACAUUUUCCCAUUGUUUACAAUGCAGCGAGAGAGAUUCGGACCGAGAAAGCGACGAUUACCCCAUUCAUUUGAGCGAGGAUGAAAGAUUCGUGGAUGAGGAAAGUGAGAGUGAAGGACUACAGUGCAGUGCAGGACGUAUCUUUUUUCGCUCUGACCGUAACUUAGGUACAAGCUGGCUCAUUGGAUUCCACACUCUCUCCUUUUUCUAUUGUGGAUCACGGAUUUGUAUUUUAAACCACCUCGGAUACUGUAUCCUCUUGAAAAUGAGAGUCGAGAACGCGAAAUGGACAUUCACAGUGACUUUUAUCUCCACGACAAUACAUCGGCGAAGUUCUUUAGCUACUGAGCUAACGUGAUAGCAUCGGGCUCAAAUGCAGAUAGAAACAAAAUAAAUAAACCCCUGACUGGAAGGAUAGACAGAAGAUCAACAAUACUAUUAAACCAUGGACAUGUAAAUACACGGUUAAUAAUUCCCAGCUUGGCGAAGCUUAACAAUGCUGUUGCUAACGACGCAAUUGAAGCUAACUUAGCAACGAGACCUCACAGAGCUAUGAUAAAAACAUUAGCGCUCCACCUACGCCAGCCAGCCCUCAUCUGCUCAUCAACACCCGUGCUCACCUGCGUUCCAGCGAUCGACGGAAGGACGAAGGACUUCACCCGAUCAUCCGUGCGGUCGGCGGCUAGCGUCGGCUAGCGCGUCUGCUAUCCAAGUCAAAGUCCUCCUGGUUGUGUUGCUGCAGCCAGCCGCUAAUACACCGAUCCCACCUACAACUUUCUUCUUUGCAGUCUUCAUUGUUCAUUAAACAAAUUGCAAAAGAUUCACCAACACAGAUGUCCAGAAUACUGUGGAAUUUUGCGAUGAAAACAGAGCUUUUUUGUAUUGGAUUCAAUGGGGUACCAAUACUUCCGUUUCAACCAUUGACGUCACGCGCAUACGUCAUCAUACAUAGACGUUUUCAACCGGAAGUUUAGCGGGAAAUUUAAAAUUGCACUUUAUAAGUUAACCCGGCCGUAUUGGCAUUUGUUGCAAUGUUAAGAUUUCAUCAUUGAUAUAUAAACUAUCAGACUGCGUGGUCGGUAGUAGUGGCUUUCAGUAGGCCUUUAAAGGGGUCAUAUUAUGAUUGUUUUCUAAAUUUCAAACAUUUCCUUGUGGUCUACAUCCGUGUUUUUCAACCUUUUUUGAGCCAAGGCACAUUUUUUUGCGUUGAAAAAAAAACACCAGCAGAAA